AUGCCAUUGAUACAUGAAACAAUGGAUGGCCCAAUUACAAGCACUAGGCUUGUGUCUUCUCCCUUUGAAGAUGAGACCGUCAUUUCUGUUAGGCCUCUUUUGUCCAGGACUUCAAGUUUUGCAGGUACUACAACCACUACUUCUUCUACUAGUUAUCAACAAAGAAGGCGACGUGUUGCCAGUGAAAACUCCCUCUCUUGCUUUUCAGAUGAUUCUUGUGGUCAACGCCAAUCUCUUGCCCGUGAAGUGGAUCAUGCUGCUUCUGAGACAUUUCUUCUUACUAGAUUGAGCUUGAAGCUUUUAAGAUAUCUGGGAAGUCGUGGUCAAUAUGAAAAAUUGGAACUUGUUGGAAGCACCAGAAUUUACUGUAUGGAUGGAUGGAUUAGAAAUAAGGGGGCUGUUUUCUAUUAUGUUGUGUUUAGGGUAGGAGUGUUUGAUCUUGUACAUUGGGUAGGGUACAGAUGGAUCUUGAGAUUCCUGGCCCUUGGUUGUUACUCUUUGAUGCUUUUUCCCGGUUUUAUUCAAGUUGGAUAUUACUAUUUUUUCUCCAGACGGGUCCUGAGAAGUAUAGUUUAUGGUGAUCAACCAAGAAAUAGGCUUGAUCUGUAUUUACCAAAAAAUACCGAUGGUCCAAAACCUGUUGUUGCAUUUAUUACUGGAGGAGCCUGGAUUAUUGGUUACAAAGCUUGGGGGUCUCUUUUAGGACAACAAUUAUCAGAAAGAGAUAUCAUGGUGGCUUGCAUAGAUUACAGAAAUUUCCCUCAGGGAACCAUGAGCAAUAUGGUGGAGGAUGCUUCUGAGGGUAUCUCAUUUGUAUGCAACAAAAUUGCUGAAUAUGGAGGUGAUCCUAACAGGAUUUAUUUAAUGGGACAGUCGGCUGGUGGACAUAUUGCUGCUUGUGCACUUGUGGAUCAGGCAAUCAAAGAGACUGGUGAAGGAGAGAGUACUACUUGGAGUGUUUCACAGAUAAAGGCUUAUUUUGGCUUGUCUGGAGGGUACAAUUUGUUUAACCUUGUAGAUUACUUCCAUAGUCGUGGUCUGUACCGAUCCAUAUUCUUAAGCAUAAUGGAAGGGGAACAAUCUUUACGACGAUUUUCUCCUGAAGUAAUUGUGCAGGACCCAAACUUGAAAAAUGCAGUUUCUCUUCUACCUCCCAUUGUUCUUUUUCAUGGCACUGCAGAUUAUUCCAUUCCAGCAGAUGCCAGUAAAAAUUUUGCUGAAACCCUACAAAGCGUUGGAGUUAGAGCUGAAUCAAUUUUAUACGAAGGGAAAACUCAUACAGAUUUGUUUCUACAGGAUCCAAUGAGAGGUGGCAACGAUAGGAUGUUUGAAGAUUUGGUAUCCAUCAUUCAUUCUGAUGAUAGAGAAGCCCAAGCCAAAGAUGCAGCGGCUUCUCCAAGAAGACGCCUUGUACCUGAAUGCAUGUUACAGUUGGCUCACAGAGUGAGCCCUUUUUAA